ACAGUAGUCUUACCCAUUCAUUUCCAAUGGCGGUCAUUUUAAACCCGGAACACCACAGGUGUGACAAAGUUGACUAAACCACUCAAAAUUCAAUGGAAGUGGUGAUCAGAAAUUUUAUAUGUCCAAAUGCCUAGUGGAGGAAAACAUGAGGUAUUGAGGCAAUCAGAUGAAAAACACAAUAUUUAUGAUUUAGGAAAGUUGUAAAUCGGUCAGCUUUGACCCGAACACUGGAGGAAGGUUAAGAUAAAAAAAAUCUAAGCCCUCUUGUAAUUCGCCCUCCGGCACGGUAGAUAGAGGUAGCUGUGUAAGAACCGGCUCCACACUCUGAAUAAGAAGUGAUUGCGUCAUAAACCCGCGACAACAGAGCAGGGAAACUCAUCGGAAGUACGGGAUAUGAGCGAAUGUACAGAUUAUAAUUGAACUAAAAAUUUUUGUAACAAUAACUAGCCGACUAGCUCGAUAGGAUUGCAAAUAAAUACACAUAUAGCUAGUUUUCUCAACAACAUUUGCUUUUUGGUUAGCCAGCUAGGCAAGCACUGGAAAAAGCAAGGUGUCAAGCUGUCAUAGUGAUAACUUGGGUAUCAGUUACUGAGGUAGGUCAUCAUCCUCACUUGUGAGCUAGCUAGAUAAGCCUUUUAUGUUUAUAGAUUCUAUCCGGUUUCGGGAAACAUUUUAAUCACGAAAAUCCACUGUUCGUUAAUACUGACCGUUAUCUGGCUGGCUAGCUAGUCCCCCUGGUCCAGCUCUGGCAAGAAAGACAUCUGACCGCAUCCUCACAGAAUGAACGAAGACGGUGAAACCAUCCAGGGUCUGAGGGAGAACCUGACGCAGGCCAUCGACCGGCUGACGGGAGUGGACUCCUCUGUGGCCGUGUCCUCAGGAGGAGAGCUUUUCCUGCGUUUCGUCAGCCUCACGUCCCUGGAGCACGAUGAUCUGUCACGAUGCAAGAAAGUUAUGGUUGAAAGAGGGGAACUUUUCCUGAAGAAAAUCUCUCUCUCCAGGAACAAAGUUGCCAAGCUGUGCCACACCUUCAUAAAAGACGGAGCGAAAAUCCUGACGCACUCGUCCUCCAGAGUGGUGCUGAGGGUGCUGGAGAAGGCAGCGGCCGAGAAGAAGCGCUUCACCGUGUACGUCACAGAACCCCAGCCGGACUCUGCAGUAGGGGUGUGCAGAGACAUCAUUAUCUGUAUCUGUAUCUGUUUAAGCAACAAAAUUAUCUGUAUCUGUAUCUGUAUUCGGAUAGAACACUGGAAGUCACAUUAAAUCGGGCAAAUGUUGUAUUUUCUCACAUAAUAUUUAUUGGCAAGGCAAUCGUUGUGCCUUCAAAGGAUCAAAUUGAUUUAAUAUUGACAUAUAAUUAAUUAUGAAAUAUAUUUCCACAUCCUCAUACUGUA